CACGGUCUUAAUCAUGGUUUUUGUUCAUGGCGUGUUCUAGAGCAGUGGUAUUCAACCUGGGGUACGCGAAGACAUCUUAAGGGGGGACGUAUCAUGGCGCCUUCCGAGGAGACAACUACCACGACUUGCUCUCACCAACAGGAGCAGGGUGUAGUUGAUGCCAAGCUCCGGGAGGACACCCCGAAGAUCAAGGAUUGUGCCCCUAGUAACCACGAGGAAAACAUCGUCUCUGUGGUUCAACGCCCAAACGGUGAUGGUACAGUCUGUGUAGAAAACAUCAACCCACAUGUGAACAGUAUGAAGAAUUUGUCUAUCAGCGAAUCAGUCGUGGGAAGGUCUACUAUCAGUAAAGAAGACAUUGACCACAUCCGGGACGAUUCAGAAUGUGUCGUAGAUAUCCCAAAUAUUUCUGGUGUCGUCACGGAAAAUGUCGGUCAGGGUGAAGACAGUGUUGUCGUUAAUAGCAUGAAGAAACGGGAUCAGAUUUUAGACGGACCAAAGAAAUUUGAUAUUAAUCGCGUAGAAAAUGUUGACCAGGUUGUGACUAAUUCGAUAAGUGUUACUGCCGCUGACUUGGACGACGUGAAUCGAGUUCUCGAGUGUCCAUCGAGCGUCGUUGGUGUGCUGACUGAAGAGGAGGUUGUGGCUUGUGGCUGUGUAGAUGACACUCCCGAAGUGAUGGACAGCCAGGAAAAUGACGUUAGUGCUAGAAUUGUUACCUGCGUCGAGAGUAUGGCGUCUGCUUCGAGUGUUUCGAACGAGUGGGUCGCCAACGUGAGCGCGGAUAAUGUUCAUCACGUGACUUCUGGUUGCAGAGUUGGCUGCAACGAAGGUUGUGGUGACGGGCUGGGCAAAGCUGAUGAAAGUAAGAGCUGCAGUGGAGAUGAUGACAUGAGGGAGAAGUGUGUGCUUCUCCUGAAAGAACUGGUGCCACAGGCUGAUGAUGUGACCCUGCAGAGGCGGGGUUUUGCGCAGCAGGUGGAAGGUGGUCCAUUGUGGUGCAGGCUGCCUUUCAGCAAGGUGUCUGAAGCCUUGAAGUCCUGCAGAAGUAGUGCCAACAGUGCCUUGGCUGACAGCAAACAGUCCAUUACUAUGCAGUGCACAACAUACGACAGCCAUCGCUCAACUGCAGAUGAAUCAGAUUUGAUCCAAGACCCAUCAAAUGACUGCCGAGUAAAAGAAACGGGCGCUUCUUCCAGUGUUUUACCAAUGUAUCCCUCCCCUCCAGAUAGCUUUGCUGAAGAAUCUACCCCACCACCUGUGUUCCAAGGUCACAAGGCCAUGACUGUUGAUCCAUCACUGCCAAGUACUCCUGAUGAUAGCUCUGAAGAUUUGCUUUUGGGGGAAGCUGCCAUCACUCCUUUUACACCCUCUUCUACAAAACUCCCAGGUUCCCCUUCUAUCGCACCUGUAACCCCCUCUUCUUCAGACACUGUCCUAGGGCCUUUUAGUAUGCCCCUUUGUCCCAAAACACCUUGCUCCAGUUCUUCUGUGGAAGGUAACGAAUGUGACCUAGCGAGUCCAUUGGUAAUGGCUGAAAAGAAGCCGCAGCAUCCUUCCACCUCCACAGCAUUGCCUGCGCCACAGCGAUUUCUGUUCCAAGUGGAGCCCAUCCAUCAGAUGAAAUUGUCAGAUGGACAAAAACUGUUCGCAUGUGACAUUUGCUCCGGAGUGUACCAGCGUUGCUUCAGCCUAAAAAGACAUUACCUACGAUCUCAUAUCAAUCAUCGGUACCUCACUGAGCGUGAUAUCUCCAACUGUGGUAUCAUCGUUAGUGAACGCCUUACCAAAGAGAGCCCAUCUGGUUCAUCUGUUGAGAAGAAAAGUGUUGCAGUGGGUAUGGACUUAGAUACAGUAAAAGGAUCUCUCGAUAAUUCGGUCGUGGAUAAUGAUAUUACCAGGACCUGUAGUGGUAACAAAUGCUCAAUAGGAUAUCCCAUAGCAGAGAGUUAUGUGAUUUUCCCAAAUCUAUACCGCUGUCACUUGUGCAACAUCUGUUUCGAUACUAAGAACGAGCUAAGAGGCCACCUGUCCGCCCACAAGCCUUCUGCGACAGUCAACAAAGAAAAGGCUGCUUCCAAGCCCAUAAGUGGGAAUCAGCAAGCUCGUAGCAAAUCACUUCCUGAUCUCAAGAAAGGGAACAAAGAAAGGAACAGAUCACUUUCUGCCAGUAGUCAGGAGCUAUCAUCUUUGCGUGUUCCUACUGUAUCUGGCCAGCUAAUUUGUGAAUCUGUGGCAGUACCGUUGAGACAAAUAAAAUUCAAUCCUGUGUUGUCAUCUGUUGCUGUUCCUGGCCAGUUUUCAGUAAGUAAUUCACAAAUUCAUUCAUCGAAGCUGGGAACUUCUGGCUUGCCAAAACCGCAAAGUGAUCACUCUUCAAAGACUCCAGUGCCUACCCAUUCUUCAAAGACUGCAACGUCCAGCCAUUCUUCAAAACCUGAACAUUCUUCUAAAUCUUCAAUGCCCGAUCAUUCUUUGAUACCUGUAACAUCCAACCAUUCUCUUAAAAUGGACAAUUCCAGUCAUUUGUUGUCAGGAUACUUAUCAAAAUCCUCCUCAUUUGUACAUUCAUCGAAGCCAUCUUCACCUGGCCGUUCAACACAGCCUUUUUCGUCUAGUCAUUCAUUAAUGCUUAAAUCACCUGAACUUAUAUCUUCUUCUAUCACAGACCUGACAAUCACUGAUCAGUCGCUAAGUCCUCUUAUUUCUAGCCAAUUUCCUGCAUCCCUUGGCCAAUUUACAAAGUCUUUGACAAAUGAUAAAUUGUUAAAAUCUACUUCAUCUUCAGAGCGAGGUCAACAUCUGUGCCUGUACUGUGAUAAGUCAUUCUCCACUCCAACCUUGCAUAAGCGUCACGUAUCUCGUAGCCAUCCUCAUGCACAGCUGUCCUUGCAGAUCAAGACACCUCACCAUGAAUGUGCUUAUUGCACGAAAUCGAGCGGCACUUUCAGAGAGUUGCCUCUGCUUGUUCAGCACCUCCUUGCCACACAUCCAGAGCUGUACCAUGUUUGUACUACCUGCGAGCUUAGGUUUGACUCUAAAGAUGCUUUGUAUCAUCAUCAGAUUUCAGUCCAUCACAGGGACUGCCAGUGGAACGUCACACAAACAGCCGCUCCCUUCCCCGCAUUAUCACACACUAUGACAUCGAGUGUAAACGACGCAGUAAAAUUGUCCCAGCCUGCUUCCGAGUCACAGGAUGGAAGUAAGGCGAAGACGUCUGGCACAGGGGACGUAGACUUGCUUGUAUCAGGUGGAGAAUUCCAGUACACUUGCAGUGUUUGUCGCCAAGUUUUCAAUGACUACGUCGCAAUGUGUCGCCACCAUCGACAGGUUCACAAAGGAAAGCGAACCAUAAAUUCUGCUGUGGGGGGUGUCCAAAGUCCCACUUCUAGGUUCGAUAGCAGGAGUCAGAGUCCAUUUGUGAUACCAGAGAAUCGGUCAAAGGAGCAGGUUGAAGGUAAUAAGGUUACUGAAAAUCACGCCGAUGAACAGGAGAUGAAGUCGGAUAUUCCGCGCAAGAGACCCGUAAGUUCUGUCUGUAGAGAAUCUGAGAGUGAGGUUCAAACAAACUGUAUUAUGCCACAAUCUAAGAGAUACGACAUUGAGACGAAUGAUAUUGCAUCAGAAACAGUUGACAUUCAUCAUACCGCUGUUCAGAAUAAGAACUUGGAACUUAUAGAACAGAAAGAUUCAGUUGAUAAUGUUGUGAAAGGCAGAUCUGAAGAGGGCGUUGUUUUUGCCGCAGGGGACGAAAGGGCCAGUCCCCCGAGAUCUCCGUGUAUCCCGGUUCAGUUCACGUUAUUUGCCAACAGCGCAGAUCAAGUAGAUGUAACCGCCAGUAGUGAAAAUAAAUGUGCUUUGAUUGAAACCUUAGAUUCUUUGAGUAAUAUUGACAGUAUUUCGUGCAUUGGAAACAAAAAUGGUUCUCACGUGAACAGCUGUGACUUUACAGUUCAAACUGCAGAAUGUGGUGGAGACUACAUAUUCUGUGGACGAAGAAUCUAA